AUGGAAAAAAAAUUGUUCUUUCAAUUGAAGGCUUUAUACAAGAUAAAAAUAUCUGAAAAGGCAAUUGAUCAAUUAUCCGAAUUAUUAUUAGACGAGGGUGAUGAUACACCAUCAAGCGCUGCUUUUCAUAAAACGGACAAUGUUGUAGCAUGUGGCAUAAACAGUUCAAAAGAAAAUAUUGAAAUAGGAAAAAAUUAUAAUUGUCGAAUAUUUGAAUACUCUAGCAACAGAAUUGAACUUAAAAACAAGGUCCAGACUAUUACUAGUACGAAUUUGGAAGAUGACAUUCGUCAGCGAGUUUCUACCUUUAGUGAAGAUGGUAAAUUUUUGGCUGUAGGUAGUACAGAUGGAAAGUUGACCGUCUUGAAAUAUCCAUCUCUUCAAGUGGCUUUUCCAUCAGUGAGAUUUAAUCAACAAGAAUUAUAUGACGCAAACUUUAAUUCAAAUGGAAGUCAGAUUGUUGUUGUUUCAAACAAAACCAUGAGAAUUUUUUCAACAGAAAAUGGUAACUGCAUAUAUGAAAUAGAGAAUCCAGUAUUUCAAAAAACAACACAAUGUCAAUUCAGGGCUUGCCGUUUUGGUAAAAAAUCAUCAGAAGGAUUUCUCUACACUGUUGUAAAUGUUUCUCGAUCAAAGGCAUUUAUUGUAAAAUGGAAUGCUGAUACUUGUGAACGAAUAUUUUCCAAAGUAGUCUCCAGAAAACCAAUUACUGCAUUUGCUAUAAGCGAAAAUGGAAAUCUUUUAUCAUUUGCCACCUCUGACAGUACUGUGAGGAUAUCUGAUGCAAUCACUCUAAGGGUACUAGUUACCAUUCCCGAUUUGCACAAAUUUCCAACAACAUCUUUAACUUUCAAUCAUGACAGCUCACUUCUCGUGAGUGGGUCUGUUGAUACCACUAUUCAAAUUAUAAAAGUUCCCGAGAAGUUUGAUUCAG